GUACAUGGGAAAUCAACAGUGUGGACGAGAACAGGUCAACAGACAAAGGACGGCGAUACCUGGACGCGAGGAUCGAUACAGCUUCCCCCUUCGAUGACUGGACAAAGAUUUCAGAUAGACUUCCUGGGAAAGAGAGGCUCUGGGCCGUACGGAGACAUCGCCAUUGAUGACGUCACAGUAACGGAAGUGUGCCCAACCACAAAGAGACCAACAACUGUGUCGUCUGCUGCGCUUCAAUCUCUCCACACUCUCGCCAGCCCCACCACGGGGUCGCUGCCCUCCUCCCUCAAAGUCGAAAAAGUUCUGAUGUCUUGCGACUUUGAAAACUUCUGUAACUUCACACAGUCCACGGUCGACAAGUUCAAUUGGUCAAAACACAAGGGCCGCACAUCGACUGGGGGCACAGGGCCGGACACUGACCACACCACCCAUCACGUCACAG